AUGCCGCCAGUCGCCAAUCAGCCCAGUACCCCGCAGAACCCCGCCAGCUACGUGGCCAUCUCGGACGCUACCGACAUGUACGGCUCCACGACGGACGUGCCGCCGCUGCCGGAUGUUGCCAAGCAAGACACCCACGCGGACGUGCAGGCUCUGCGCGCCAGCUUCGCCUCGGGCGCCACCAAGGACGUGCGCACGCGCCGGUCGCUGCUGCGCGCGCUGCAGCGGCUCGUGGACGAGAACGAGGCGCUCAUCAGCGACGCCGUGUGGAAGGACCUGCACAAGCACCCGCUGGAGCUGUUCGCCUGCGAGGUGUCGCUGCUCAAGGCCGAGAUCCAGGACUAUAUCGACUACGUGGACGACUGGGCCAAGCCCAAGCUCAAGCCCACCAACAUCGUCAACCUGCCGGGGCUGUCGUACGUGCGCCCCGAGCCACUGGGCGUCGUGUGCGUCAUCGGCACGUGGAACUACCCCGUGAACCUGCUGCUGAUGCCGCUGGUAGCCGCGCUGGGCGCCGGCAACUGCGUCGUCGUGCGUCUGCCGGGGGACGACACCACGCGCCACCUCAACAACGUGCUGAUCCAGCUCUUCGACAAGUACAUGGACAAGCGCUACGUGCGCGUGGUGUACGGAGGCGUGGAGGAGACCAAGAAGAUGCUGCAGGAGCGCUACGACCUCAUCUUCGCCACGGGCGGCAACUUCCUGGGCAAGAUCGUGGCCCAGGCGGCCGCGCAGUACUUGACGCCGACGGUGCUGGAGCUCGGAGGCAAGUCCCCGUGCAUCAUCGACGGUACAGCUGACUUGAAGCUCGCGGCGAAGCGUAUCGCGUGGGGAGCCUUCGUCAACGGGGGCCAGACAUGCGUCCGCCCGGACUAUUUGCUGGUGGACGCGACGAUCGGUGACCAGUUCAUUAAGUUGCUGGAGGAAGAAGUGGCUGCGCAAUACGGCGGCGAGAACGUGAAGGAGUCGGACAGCUUCGGGCGCAUUGUCAACCAGCGGAUGUACGCUCGUCUGGCGCUCAUCUUGGAGAAGGACCGCCAGCAUGUGAGCUACGGCGGGGACAGCGACGACAAGCAGCGCUUCAUCUCGCCCACGCUGUUGAACUUCCGCACGAACUUCGACUCGUUUGUAUCCAGCGCGUCGAUGAGUGAGGAGAUCUUCGGCCCGUUGCUGCCAAUCUACUACUAUGGUGCUGGCGACUUGGACGAGGCCAUCAACUUUAUCACUGCGCGUGAGAAGCCACUCGCGCUCUAUCACUUCAGCUCGAACGGCGCGAACAAAGAGCGGGUGGUGAAUGAGACCUCCGCUGGCAGUAUGAUGCUGAACGACGUCCUCAUGCAGCUCUCGAACGCUCAUGUCCCUUUCGGCGGAGUCGGCAACUCCGGUAUGGGCGCCUACCACGGCCACCAUGGUUUCGAAGCGUUCUCCCACUACAAGACGGUGAUCUACAAGAAUGGAAUGCUAGAUCUUCCGCAGCGCUACGCACCAUACACCCCAGCCAAGAAGUUCAUUCUGAGCAUCGCCAUGUACCCGUUCACCCGCCUGCACAUGCGCAUCCUGAAGUCGCUUGGCUUCGCAGCGGUACUCGCCAUCAUCGCUGUCAUUAUCAAGUUCUCGGUCUGAGCUCGCGCUUUGUUAAGCAAAUGCUGUAGGCCGCUUUAUUGAAAUCUCUUCCUUUUUAUUCAGAACUAACUAGCCACGCAGUGGGCGUAGUUGCAUACCACAAUUCAAGCAGUCUCGUCUUAACUAACUACUUUCUGGUGUCU